AUGAGCUUGGUUGCCGGCUCGUACGAGCGCUUCAUUUGGGGCUACAAGCUGAAAUCCCGAAAAGACCUCUCAUACCUCUCCCUGACCCCUCUCUUCUCCUUCCCCUCCCACCUCUCCACCAUCAAAGCCGUCGCCGUCUCGGGGUCCGCCGCCGUAUCCGGCGGCAACGACGACACCAUUAAAAUCUACGAUCUAUCUUCCUCCACCGAGAUCGGGUCCCUCCAGCACUCCUCCUCCGUCACCUCCCUCUCCUUCUACUCGCCGCCGUCCCUCUCCUCCUUCCCCCGCAACUUACUCGCCGGAGACGCCGAGGGCUCGCUCUCCAUCUACGAUGCGGACCCCUUCGUGCACCUCAAGACCGUAAAGAUUCACAAGAAGUCGGUGAAUUCGCUGUCCGUGCACCCGUCGGGGAAGCUGGCGCUGAGUGUCGGCCACGACGAGUGCCUGGCGAUGGUGAAUUUGGUGAGGGGGAGGCGCAGUUUUUACUGCAAGCUGAGCAAGGAGGCUUCGAUUGUUCAAUUUGAUGAGACGGGCGCGAAGUUUUUCAUGGUGUUGGAUGAAAAAGUUGGUGUUCAUGAAGCUGAGGACGCCCGGUUAAUUUUCGAGCUAGACAGUAAGAAGAAAGUGCUCUGUGCUGCUCAUGGCAAGAAUGGGAUUCUGUUCACAGGUGGAGAAGAUAGAAACAUUACGGCAUGGGACACGGUCAGUGGAAAAGUGGCCUACAGUAUCGAGGAUGCUCAUGGGGCCCGCAUCAAAGGCAUUGUUGUGUUGUCGGAAAACAGUGAAGAGAACGAAGAUCCUUUCAUGGUGGCAUCUGCAUCUUCUGAUGGGGUAAUUCGCGUUUGGGAUAUGAGGAUGGCUUCUAAGAAGAAACCAAAGCCAUUAACUGAGGCCAAUACCAAAUCUAGGCUGACUUGCCUUGCUGGGUCGUCUAUCAAAUCUUUUAAACGCCAGCGGUUAGAAAUGACAAACACUGAUGAAAAUGCGGAUGCUGCCACUGCAGAAGAAUCAUGA